CCUUUUUGUUAUUCCCUAGCUGUUUGCUAUAUAGCCCCACUCCACUGCCAGCCCCUGAAUGCAUAAAAAAGCUUCGCCAGUUCAACUGCUACAGCAGAUCGCCGUGGAACACCGCAGAACUCUGUCAAAAACGACUAACUUAUUACUAAAGGCUCCGCCAUGGUGGCAGACACUCAAGAACCCAUAACCAUUGAGAAUGGGGUGGCUCUCCAAGAGACCGGCAAGGAGAAUGGCGGCGGCGGCGGCGGUGGCACCGGAAUCAAACUUAAGCGUGAACUUGGGCUGAUCAGCGCCAGCAGUCUGAUCGUCGGGGUCAUGAUUGGAUCUGGAAUCUUUGUUUCCCCUACGGCUGCUUUUCAUCGCGCUGGCUCAGUAGGACUCGCCCUAGUCAUUUGGGCCGUGAGCGGUCUCAUCUCAAUGCUAGGUGCAUUGGCCUUCGCCGAGUUGGGUGGGGUUGUCCCUCGCUCUGGAGCAGAAUAUGUUUACUUCCAAGAGGCGUUCGGCAACAGGCACAAAUUCUUCGGACCAUUGCCCAGUUUUGUGUACGCAUGGGUGUUCGUUAUGGGUCUGCGACCUGCUGAAGCAACCAUUAUCAUUCUCGUUUUCGCUCAGUACACAUUCCAACCGUUUGAAGAAGCCUAUGGACAAGACUUGACUGAAGACCAAAAGUAUUACAUCACUAAAGGAGUCGCCAUGAUUGGAUUAAUUAUUAUUACCACCAUCAACAUCGUGAGCGUGAAGCUUUACAAUACGAUGCAAAAGCUGUUCACGUUCAGCAAACUGGCGGUCUGCUUUGCCAUCAUUAUUGGAGGCUUGAUUAGCCUUGGCCAAGGCAAGACUGAAAACCUGAAAGAACCAUUCUCUGGAGAGGCACCAUCAGUAAAGAACAUUGCUCUGGCGUUUUACGCUGGUCUUUGGGCUUAUGAUGGAUGGUCAAUGGUAACAACUGUUACUGAGGAAGUGAAGAGGCCAGAGAAGAACAUUCUGCGCAGUAUUUGCAUUGCUGUGCCCCUCGUCACUUGUGUCUACUGCUUGAUGAACCUGUCAUACAUGACUGUGCUCUCUGCCAAUGAAAUGGUCAAUGCCCCCGCCGUGGCAGUUUUGUUCGCUGAGAGAAUUUUCGGCUCAAUGAAACUUAUCGCCCCUAUUGGAGUUGCAAUUUCUACUAUUGGCUGCGCUUUGAGUAUGCAGUUUGGUGUCUCAAGAUUGUGCUACGUGGCAGCAAAGAACGGCCAAAUGUUGUCAGUUCUUUCUUAUAUCCAUCGCGAACGACUGACGCCCAUCCCUGCAGUUAUCCUUCAGGGAAUUAUUUCAUGCAUUUUCAUCCUAUCUGGAGAUGUAGCAAACUUGAUUGAUUUCGCCAGUUUCCUCAUUUGGAUUUUCUACGGUGGAGCCAUGAUUGCUUUGGUGGUGUUGAGGAAAUCUCACGCUGAUAUCGCGCGACCUUACAAGGUUCCUAUUGUAAUCCCUUACUUGGUACUCGCCGUUGCUAUAUUUUUGGCUGUUGUUCCUAUUGCUACGGACCCGAAUCCUAAAUAUUUGGUCGCUCUUGGAUUCAUAAUCACCGGUUUCCUCGUAUACAUUCCUUUCGUGUAUUAUAAGGUUCAUCUCUCAUGCGUUGAUACCGUCACUGAUUUUAUACAAAGGAAGCUCAAUGUGGUGCCAACCGACGACAGUGAAGAAGAAGAAAAGUAAUGAGGAUCGUAGCAGGCACUAUGACGACAAAGAGGAACAGUUUUUCAGGACAAUUUUCACAGAACAAACGUUCAAAGUGUGAUAUUAUUGUACAGAGAGUUAGCAUUAUUUGUGGUAUCACGAGAUGAUAUCAAACAUAGCUCAGCACUAAAAAUAUGUUGUUUGACUUGAUGCUCAGCCCGAAUGUUAUAUUUUUGUACCAACUUGUACGGUCUUGAAAAAUAAAA